CCGACAUAGAGGAGGGAGCGUAUCUCGGCCUUGAUAUGCGCUUCGCUCAUAAUGCCUGCAAUUGCCCAUUGCUAUGUGGUAAUAAUCAUGAAAGCGGCAGAAAGAUGAGCCAUCCCAUCCACAUAUACGUAGGAAAAAUAUCCGCUGGCGGUUUGGAGAUGGAGGGGUAAUUACCAUUCUAGCAGAACCACUUACACGGCGGGAUGGGUCUCCGCAAUCGGGCGCCAAAUGGUGUUAAUUCCUUGAGCCGACGAGAAGCAUUGCUGGAAUGAGAUGGGUUCUGGAAGCAUUGGAUAGAGCUGAUUACUUGGCCCCUCAUCAAGGCGAUUGUCCCAGGUGUAGACGCAACAGAAGAGGCGGAAAUCAGCGGUAGCAACACCACAUAGCAGCAGCAUCAUCAUCACCAUCACCACCACCGCCAUGGCUGCUUCAAUUCCCUGCCCCCCUCGCGGCAUCUACGUCCCCGCCGUCGCCUUCUUCAACCCGGACGAGACAAUCGACUUUGAUGCGAUCCGCGCGCAUCUCACACGCCUGGCCAAGGGCGGCGUCGACGGCCUCGUCAUCCAAGGCUCCAACGGCGAGGCCAUGCACAUGCUCCACGAAGAGCGCCAGCAGGUGCUCCGACUGGCGCGACAGGUCCUCGACGAGCACGGCAAGCCAGGCGCCGUCAUAGUUGCCGGCUGCGGCGUGCAGAGCACCAGAGAGACGAUCCAGCUGUGCAAGGAGGCCAAGGAGGCGGGCGCAGACUAUGCGCUGGUGCUGUCGCCGAGCUACUGGGUCGGCGCAAUGCAAAAGCCCGUCAUCUUCAACUUCUUCAACGACGUCGCCACCGCCUCGCCCAUCCCCAUCCUGCUCUACAACUUCCCCGCCGUCACGGGCGGCAUCGACCUCGACUCCGACAUGAUCAUCGGCCUCGCCGCCGCCAACCCCAACAUUGUCGGCUGCAAGCUCACCUGCGGCAACAUGGGCAAGCUGCAGCGCAUCGCCCACGACCCGCGCAUCGCCCGGCCCUUUGCGGCCUUUGCCGGCAAGACGGACUUCUUCCUGCACGGCCUGGUGGGCGGCUCGCACGGCGUCAUCGCCGCCACGGCCAACCUGCUGCCCAAGGCCCACGGCCACAUGCUGCGGCUGUACGACGAGGGCCGGCUCAAGGAGGCGCAGGAGCUGCAGACGCGCUUCAGCAGGGCCGACUGGGCGCUGGUGCAGCUGGGCAUCGCGGGCAUCAAGGCGGCGCUGCAGAAGUACUACGGCUAUGGCGGCGGGAGGAGCAGGCGGCCGCUGGGGAGCACCGUGGAUGCGGCCAAGCUGGAUGGCGAGGUGGACGCUGCGGUGGGGGGGUUGAUAGAGCUUGAGAAUUCACUGUGAUGAGAGAGGGGGUAGAAGAAGGAUCAUGAUGGCUAGAUUUGGAUAUAAGAGCGCUGGACUCGGACAUAUAUAUAUGUAUCCAUCGAUGAGAUUGUAUUAGCUAUACAACAGCAAUCAUCUACACUUUGGAUAGCCAUUCAUUGCCCGAAAUAAACAAACAAACAAAUUAA